AUGAUUUCGCCAAAUCGAUCGAUGCACGAUGCAUUCAACCAAGAAUUAAAUCGAGAGCUGCAAUACAAUGUUGAUACAUUGCAGACAUUCGUUCGAAAUAGUGUGCCGUUGCUGAAUGAACAGCAAAAACAAGUAUACGAAACAUUAUUGCAAGCGGUGGACAAUAAUACUGGAGGUCUAUUCUUCCUGGACGCACCUGGAGGAACAGGCAAAACAUUUGUCAUUUCAUUGAUUUUGGCCACUAUUCGAUCAAGAGGUGACAUAGCUUUGGCGUUACCAUCAUCUGGAAUUGCGGCGACUCUUCUAGAUGGCGGUCGUACUGCACAUUCUGCGCUUAAGUUGCCACUCAAUUUAAACACAAUUGAUACUCCAACAUGCAAUAUUUCCGGAUCCAGUGCAAUGGGAAAAUUGUUGAUGCAAUGCAAGCUCAUUGUUUGCGUUGAGUGCACAUUGGCACACAAGAAAUCACUUGAAGCACUUAACUUCACACUGAAGGAUUUUCCGCGAAAUAACAACCUCUUUGGUUGCUUGAUGAUAUUGUUGACAGGCGAUUUCAGGCAGACGUUGCCAGUAAUUCCCCGAGGAACGCCUGCAGAUGUAUUGAAUGCUUGCCUGAAGGCAUCACCUUUGUGGAAUAACGUAAAAACAUUAUCGCUAACCACUAAUAUGAGAGUUUAA